AUGAGUGACGACAAGCCAAAGACAACGCAUCCGUCCAACGGUUGUGUCAGUGGUGACCACAAGCGACAGAAAAUAGGCGCCAAUGACAUCGAUGUCAGCAUAAACAGCGGUUACCGCAAGAGUUUGGAUCAAUUGGCCGAUUGGUAUUCCUCUGGUGUUAAGCCGACGGGCGAUGAGUUGAAUACCGAAGACAUCCGAGUGAUUGAUAAGCCUUUUAAAGUGAUCUCUUUUGAUGAGUUCAUCGAUAGUCAUGAGUUCCUCAAAAGACUCAAACAAGACAUCAACCAAUUGGACCUAAAUGUCAAGAAUAAUGAUUUGUAUCGAUUGAGACAAUCGGUGGACUUGAAUAACAUUAAGAGCGGAACCAUUGGACAGUUGUGUGAACUGAUGGCCAAACAGGUGAAGCCAUUCGUCGAAAGACUAACUAAUCUAUCGCUCAAUGAUAACAUCGCUCUCACUGUCAGUCGAUAUGAACAAAACGACUAUCUUUUGUGUCACGACGACGAUGUCAUGUCAGAGGAUCAGAUGGACGGCCGAAGAGUCGCUUUUAUCCUGUAUUUGGUGCCCGACUGGAAGACAAGUGACGGCGGAUUACUUGAUUUGUAUGACUCCAACGAAAAUGGUGAGCCCUCGGAGAUAGUGGCAUCGGUGGCGCCCAAAUGGAAUCGCUUUGCAUUCUUCGAAGUGAAUCCAAUCACAUGGCAUCAGGUGUCGGAAGUGGUGUCCGACUCCAAGACUAGACUCAGUGUCCACGGAUGGUUCCACGGCGUGCCUCUGGAGCGACCCAAUCGUUACGUUGAGCCCCAAAUCAGUACAGACGCCGCCACAGAAGUACCCCUUGAAGUGGUUAAGUCGUGGAUUAAUCCCAUAUAUUUACAAGACUCGACUCAAUGUGAGAUUCAGUCGCGGUUUGAAGACUUGUCUGAAAUAGUAUUACAGGACUUCUUCAAUGGCGACAAAUACCAAGAGUUGGCGCGAGCUUUGAGUGACAGCGAAGCCAUUGUCUGGAAAUAUAAUAAACCCCCGAAUAUGAGGCGAUACGAGACAGCAGUGGUCUCGAGCUGUCCGGCCAUUGUUCUCGAGGCCUACGAACUCUUCAGAUCCGAUGCCAUGUUUCUGAUUCUGUCUAAUCUAACGGGUCUUAAACUUCAUGAGUUAGCCGUUAAUAAUGGCUCAGAUGAUGACGAAGACGACAGCGACGACUCGUCUGAAGGUAACCCCCGAUGCAGAGGAGAGAUCAGGCGUUGGUCUCAUUCGUGCUAUACUUUAAUACACGACAACUCCGCCGAAUUGAGCGAAAAGGCAGCCCUCGAUGUGGUCAUACAUUUCAAUUGCGACAAUGAGUUUGAUCGCGAAAACGGAGGCUUUAUUUCAUACAUCGCGAGGGGAGAGGACGAGGAGCUGUUGACUAUCGAUCCGUUCAGUAAUAAUCUGAAUAUCGUGUUCAGAGACACAAAAACGGCUCGAUUUGUCAAAUAUAUUAACAACAAAUGUGUGGACACAGUGGGAAGGGAUUGGAAAGGGAUUGGAAAGGGAUUGGAAAGAAGAUAA